AUGGGCAGGUUUAGCGAGAUCACCGAGCGAGUAGAUCGCUAUGUAGACAAAUAUGUAGAAGAGAUGACUGUUUGUUUUCUUUUUGUUUACUCUAAGGUGUCUGUUGCUCUUGAAGAAGCUUUGGGCCAUUUUAUUACAAUUGAUGAUGAAAGCAUGCUUGCGAUGGACGUGUACAGAACAGAAAAACUAUGGGAAAAUAUUUUACCAUUAAGAAUGAGUAAUCGUGAGGUUUUCCACAAAAGUAUUGAGAAAUCUUUCAUAUUUCCGAAUGAUGAAAUUAACUCUAGGGGGGCUGGUCGGGUACUUGAUACUGUUGUCGAGGACAGUAUAUUUCUAUUUUAUUUAGUCCACAAAGCAAUGACGCCUUUCUGUGGAAUAACUCAACUAACCGCGCCUCCUUUCCGUCUAGAAAUGACAACGUUAGUUCUUACUUCAGUAAAGGGUGCAAUGCGUUAUCCAAAAUACCUCACAACCCCUCAAUUGCCUCUUCUUUGUACACUUUUGGGUCAAUUGCGAAGUGCUGAACUUGUAACUAGUAUUCUUGACUCUCCUCCUGGCAAAGGGGUAAGAACUCAAAAUAAUCAACAUUAUUUGAUUCUAUUCUUCUCCAUUCUUACAUAUAUUUUUUUCCUCUGCCUUGUUUUUUUCUAUUUCACCCUAAUAUGA